ACUAUAAAUGUCACAAAUCGCGGAAUAUUCACAAACAAAUUUAACCUAGUGCUUUUUAUCAAUUUAGCUCAAGUGUGUGGUUAAACCACCGAGAUGGAAGAUCUUUCGCGCUUCCAGGCGAUAACAUCGCGUUGAAGGAGGGGCUUUUCAAUUAUAAUCUCUACCAAAAAGUCGAUGGGUUCUGGGGUACUGUUCCCUCAAGAACAGCGUUUACAUUACAAUCAUUUGCUAAAAUGAAACCAACGAUGAUUCGCACGACUCUUGAUAGCCUCUUGCGGCCCCUUGCGUGCGUUAUCGCCCGUGACCUAAUGACAGAACAAAUAAAUAGAUCUGACAAAAGUUGAUAUUCUUCUUCACUUGUUCAUGACAUGAAAAGAGAAGCCUAUAACACUACCAUUUAUUUUAUUAAUAAUGGCUUGGGUUGCCAUAACGUCCAAUGAGGCCUCAGAUCGAUGAAUGCUCUGUAGGGGGGAAUUUGGUUCGUUUAACCGUCAAAAUAGGCAAUUAAAAUUCUUUAGUUCGAGGUGGCAUGUGCUUCCCUCCCCUUAAUCAAACCGUCCUUAUACGAAUUGUAAAUAUUUGAAAAUUACUUGUCGGCACCUCAGGACAAAUAUUGACAAUGCAAAUUAAUCCUAUUCGACUCAAGAAGGUGGCAAACAAAAUUUUCAGUGUGUACAGUGACCGUUUUUUUUUUUUUGGUUUGACUGUUCGAGUUUGAUGCGAGAAUUUUUUCCAUAUUGUUUCUCUAGAUUGCAAAUGAGAUUGUUCGAAUGAGACGAUUGCUAUUGAAACACUAACAAUUGAUUGGAUUCGAUAGGACGAACACAUCGUAAAAUAUUUAUCAACCCAAACACCCUGGGGGCGUUAACGCGAUGAUUGGAUAACGAAAUAUCAACAACUUGCUAAUGCCAAUCAAAGACCGGUGUAGUUCAGUUACAAUAGACCGAGAACUCAUGCUGAGCUCCGAACACAACCAAGUACAGAUGCUUGGAUGAACGGUGAGUCGGCUUCAAAGGAUAACACUACGACAGCAGCUUUCAAAUCCCGCGCAUUUUGUACAAGUUAACCGCGCUUCCCUGUGUGAGAGGUAUUGCGGAAUGUUCGUGCUUUUCUCAGUCGAAGAGUUCGACUUGCCCAGCACGACACAGAUGCUUAUUUAGUUCCAUGGGAGGAUGACAAAACUGUGAAUUAAACAAAGAGCCAACCCGAUUGAUUCAUUUAAGUUUUCUGUCCGGUUUCUCACGCGAUUAUAUUGUGGAGAAAGUGACCCGUCAAAGCCGUCCAGACAAAAGAAUGAGUACUGUGCAAGACUCUUUCAACGUUCCAAAUGGCUCUCACUAUCCUUUCACGCCAGCUCAAGGCGUGCGCUCCUCCGCUCGUCCGUCGGCUCAUGAGUUCUUAUUCGCCGGACCCGAUAGCUUCACCAGUUCUAGCGUCGCAGCUGUUCGUCCACCUAACAGCAGUAUAAAUCUAGCAUCUGACACAACUGUCGCUAGAGCAGGCAGCAACCAGCGACAACACAACAUGUUCCCUGGCUCGGUUAUACACCAGCUUCACCCAAGCCACUUCAACAGCCUGCAAGAACCACAUCGAGAUGGCACCAAUGGUUCACCUCACGGGUUUUAUUCUGUUGCUCACGCUCAUGACCCGCCCGGCUCUCACUAUCAACAAACUGGCGGACCUCUACCCGGGCCUUACAGGUUCACUAAAAGCAUAGAGUAUUACACCCGAGACGACAAAUAUGAGCCUCAUCAUUCACAAUUUACGAGCCCGUUCGCUGCACCGCGCUACGAAUUCAUGCAGCACGCAGGGCUAACCAUGCCUGGAAGUUACCUGCGCCAGCCUUUGAGUCAUGUGGUGGUUUGUGAAUGGAUCGAACCGGGCAGUAAAGGAAAGCCUUGUGGGAGACAAUUCUUUCGAAUGCACGACGUAGUAGCGCAUCUUUCCGAAGAUCAUGUUGGUGGACCGGAAAGCAGUUCUCAUGUGUGCUUCUGGAAAGAUUGCCCUCGUAAUGGACUACCUUUUAAAGCCAAAUAUAAGCUUAUCAACCACAUUCGUGUGCACACGGGAGAAAAGCCUUUUUCGUGUCCAUUCCCUGGCUGUGGAAAGCUCUUUGCUAGAUCAGAAAACCUAAAGAUUCACAAGCGAACGCACACCGGUGAGAAACCGUUUAUGUGCGAAUAUCCCGGCUGCGAUCGACGUUUCGCAAAUUCGAGUGAUAGAAAGAAGCACUCACACGUUCACACGUCUGAUAAACCUUACAUCUGCAAAAUAGAAGGAUGCAACAAGAGUUAUACCCACCCAAGUUCCCUUCGAAAGCACAUGAAACUCCACGCGAAGCCCUCGGAAUCUCUCGGUUCGUCAAGUCCUCAAGAUGAAAGUGUGUCUUCCGGCAGGACAAAUUCACCAGCUUUCCACACCACUUCAACUUACCCGCCGAUGUCGGAAUGGUUUAAUCGCUUACCAUCGACACAGAAUCACGAACACUAUCAUAUGGACAAUGGCGCAAACAUUGCUGCCGCACAAGCUCCUUUGGCGUCCUACUGACAUCCUACCGAGGAAAUAAAGACUCGCUCUUUUAGCAUGGAGACAAGAUAGAACUAUUUAAAUAACCGUUUCAAUCAACUGUAAGCGGGUGACGUCUCCGUCAAAUCGAUCCACAGAAAGAUGUGUCGUUCAGUCGCUCAGAAAAAAAUUCGCGACAGGAUAUUUGCUAUUGGAAGACCAGAUCCAAUCUAGUCUAACACUGGAGCAAUGGUAAAAAAAAAAAAAAAAAUUACUCUAAACUUGGAAUAUUUCAUUUUCAUUAUCGCAGUUGAAAAAACUGUGGUGUUUAUGGAGGAUGCCAGUCGUGCAACAUUCGGUAAGUGUCAUACAAAGGCGAACUCAAGAAGCCGCGUAAAAGAAAACUUCUGCCUCAAAAACUCACUUUGUAUUAAGGAAAAGUAGUUGUGGGCCAGAGGGUUGACAAUUGGAAAAAAUACAGACAGUCUAUGUUGGGCGAGAUUUCAAGCAAAUGGAAACUAUAACAAAACUUCGCAGGCAACGACUACCGGAGGGAUUUGAAUCUAUCAAUCAAAAUUACCAACAGUAAGACGGAGUUUUAGCUUACAGUAUUUUCUUAUUUAUGUGAAAAUAUUCCCUAUUCAAAAACAGCACUGUAAAUAGCAUAUUUAGAAUUUGACAUCGUCUAGUAUAUUAAAAGGAAAGAAAGUUGAAAGGGAGGAAUCUGAUAUCAGUGUCAAAUUGAUUUUCUCAUUUCGAAACUCAUAGUUCGUUGAUACAGUGUCUAUUGCUGUAAAAGUAGGACUUUCUUCUUCAAUUUGGAAUGCCAUGUUUUAAAACUGAGAAAACAAAAUAAAGCUUUCGUUCUGUGAGGCAGGUUAUUGUCCUAUUUUCUACACAAAAUUGAUUGUCUACCUGAACUAGAUCAUGAUAUUCACAUCUGAAGUCUGUACGUUUUCAGGCCUCAAAAAGCUGUUGAAGAAUUUCAGCAGCCCUUUCACUGUGCUCUCCAUAAAAAGUGUGAAAAAGAAAAAAAACUGUUCCUACGCAACAACCUUUAUGUCUCAGAAUUCAGAGAACAAAUUAUUCACUUGCAAGUAUGAAACUGGUGUUUGUUGUAUUGAACUUUGUAAUUAAAUUCUUGGAAGUACGUUGAUUAGGUAAAGAAAAGCGUCGUUAAGUGUUGAAAAAAAUGAAUGCACUUGAGUAGAAUAAGUUUUGAUUCGACCCAAAUUUUUUGUACGAAGAACCAUUUUCCACUCUAGCUAUCAAACACAGCACCUCAGCGUUCAAAGAGGCAAAAACUAUGACGGUUUUUCUCGAACCACGCGGGGCAAUAUCUUUCGUCCUGUGUCGAUCGGCAUAUAUAAUUAAUUAAUCUUUGUUACUCUUAAGAUGCCAAGUACACCCAUCCUGUCGAAAAUUGAGAUUGAAAUGACCAUGAUUAGGCUAUUUGUUUAGUUCUCAAGGACAUCAAAAUAAAACUAACAAAACAACUCCGUUUCUUUUAGCCAAUUACCUGUGUGGAACCAUCUCACAGCUUCUUACUGAGAUGUUUGUAUCAGUUGAAAAGCCGGCAUCUACAAAGGAUUUUCUUUAUUAUAGUGUUUUUAAUCUUCAUGAUUUCUGCCCAAAGGCUCUUUCAAAGGCAACUAAUAAUUUCGACAUGUUUUUUGUAGCUCGUCCAAGCGCGGCUCCGGACAAAGACCGCAAACACUGUAAAAUUACUGAGGCAAUAUCUUUCUACAAAGGAAAUCAAUCGGUUUUACACUUGCUUUUUCAACGAAGACAAAACUCAAAGACACAAUAGGCUUUUGAAAGAGCGCUUAAAAUAGUCCAGUAUCUUAUCGUGAGGCGGUCAUACCGCUUGAUGCUCUCACGUCACUGAAUCAUUCGACUGGUUUACGAGAGUCGUUAACCAAGGCGGAAAACCUCAACUGGUUAAGAUAUCCUGCUCGUGCAGAUAUUUCAAUAAAAUAGAGGAAGUAGGUAAAGCCUUCCUUCUUUUCUUUAAGGGCUUAGUUGCAGUCAAAACUCAAGUGAUUCAUGCAGGGCUGUCUAAAUAUGUCGUGAUGUGGUUCAGCGCUGCUAGCCUCCCACCACGUCACGCUGGGAAGCGUGUUUCAUAAGAGAAAGUCCUGUGCUUGUUAGUUUCCAACUGGUGCAAACUUUAGGGAUCCCAAAUAGACUCUGCAGAAGAGAGAUUGUAUUAGUAAAAGUUGAGAAGAUCAGGAGUUAGAUUGCUUUCGUUGGGAGGAAAAACCCCAUGGUUCACGUCUGCUACUGAGUUUAAUGUGUACAUCACGCGCCUUGGUCUUGUGUACGAUUCAGGAAAUGACAAACAAAUGAAAGAUGGUGUUAGUAACAGGAGAUGGGAUCAUUUUAAUGAGAACCACUGGAAAUUAAAGAUUCCCAUAGAGUACUAGACAGAAGAGGUCGACGGACGUCACGCCCCGAGAGAUAUAAACACAAGAACAAGGCCCUAAAACAUGUCCUUGACACAAGCCAAAACUACACAAUUACUUUUGACAACAUAUUUUGAGAGUUUUCGCUCCAACUUAACUUAUUAUUUCUGAUUUUGGACGUGGUCUUUUCUUCAAAAAGGGACUUACCGAGAUGCUGCUAAAAAACUCAUUGAUGAUAGAAAGAAAAGAAUGAAUGGCAAGGACAGUUCCCGCAGAUCGUAAUAUUUUCCAAAGCAAUUUGUAUAAAAUGGAGGAUCUUUGUAGUCAUACUACAGGAAGAACGACAGGGCUGCCAAUCCUUUUAUUUCCAGUCACCCUUCUAAUAGGCUUUUAUCACAUAGUCUGCACUUAUAGGAUAAAAAUUUGCACAAGAUCUGCUCCCUCAAAGAAAGAUGUUGAAAAUUUAUCAAGGGCGUGACACAAAGAAAAAAAUCUAUGACCCCUUAGGGUUUCGAAGCAUAGAAUUUCGCAUUUCGCGAUAAAAUGUUCAAGCAAACGAGCUACAGAAAAUUAGUUGGUGAAGAAGGCUUACUAAGAAGCUCAUUGUUUUCAGGACAAGCGCUCGUAAACUGCAAGGAUUCUUAUCAGCAAUAUCGAAAGCGUUCUUAGUAGUACCCUACCUUUUGGCUGAUUUAUAUGAAUUUAUUAUAACUUUUGUGAGACAGGUAUAGUUUGCUUCACGAUAUUCCAAACAGACUUAUAAUGUAGCCACUGAGAAAUUACGGAACGUUCUGGCCCUAACCAUUAAAUAAUCACGAACCGAGUGAUUUUGGCUUCAGUUUUAUAGUUUCAAUUUUAGAACAAAGACCUUUCUACCACCUCACCCGCUGAAAUAAAGAUUGGGGUCUCUUUCUCUG